UUACUGAUUGUUUUAGAACUUCAAUCAUUUCUAAAUAAAAAGUUUAAACAGUUUUCUGACAUUAAAAUAUUUCCUAUGUGUUUGGUGUUGCUGGGAAAAGAAACCCCACUUUUAACAUAAACAACUGCUUUUUUUAGGAAUGAGGUCUAUCUUUUAUUAAAAUAGAGUAUAAAAGUGCAUAUGGGGUAGGGCUUUUCUUCUGCAUUUAUAUCAUACCCUUAUUGCUUAUUAGGCUGACCUCAGUUUUGGGAGAAUCACUUGGUUAGUUCUAAAUAUAGCAUUGCAUCUGCCCUUAAAUGGGAGUGAAGGGGCAGUAGCCUUUAGAGAGGGGAAUUAUUUUUGUUUUCCUCAGCCAGGGUUUACUAAGCUGGGAAAGGCUGGUCUUCCUCUCUGCUUUGCAAUUUUUCUAUAUCCCUUGGAAUUACUGAUUCUAACAAACUGAAGUAUGUCAUCAGUAGUGGUGCCAUUUUACCAGAGGAGACACAAGCACUUUGAUCAGUCCUACCGCAACAUUCAGACAAGAUAUGUACUUGAGGAAUAUGCAGCAAGAAAGGCUGCUUCCAGACAGGCUGCUUAUUAUGAAUCACCUGGCUUGGGAAAAACGACAUGUAGACUCUGUGCCAGGAGGGCACGCACCUUGGCUCAUGAAGCAAUACAAGAAUCCAGGAAAAGGACUCAUGAACAAAAAUCUCAUGCAAGUGACGAGAAAAGGAUCCGUUUUGCCAGUGAGUUGUCUGCUUUGGAAAAAGAGAUUCACACAGCCAGACACCGUGCUAGAGAACAUCUGGAUAGACUUACUAUACAAAGGAUGGUAGAAGAAAACAUGGCUCUGGAAAGACAUGCUUUUGAGGAAAGUAUAAGUCGAGCUCCUGAAAUUCUAGUGCGCCUGAGGUCUCACACUGUCUGGGAAAAGAUGUCUGUGAGCCUUUGCUUCACUGUACAAGGAUUUCCCACUCCUGUUGUACAAUGGUACAAAAACGAGGAAUUGAUUACCCCUGCAAGUCAUCCAGCAAAGUACAGAAUUGAAAGCAAAUAUGGAGUACAUGUGUUGCAUAUAAACAGAGCUGAUUUUGAUGAUUCUGCUACCUAUUCAGCAGUUGCAACAAAUGUCCAUGGGCAGGCAUCAACUAAUUGUGCUGUGAUUGUGCGAAGGUUCAGAGGGGAUGAAGAGCCUCACCCAGCUGGGAUAAUGCCCUUCCACUUGCCUCUGUCGUAUGAUGUUUGUUUCACCCACAUUGAUGUCCAGUUUCUGGAGAAGUUUGGAGUCACCUUUGGAACUGAAGGUGAAACACUGACCCUGAAGUGUUCUAUGUUGAUCACCCCAGACCUGAAAAGACUACGACCUCGUGCUGAGUGGUAUAGAGAUGAUGUGCUGAUAAAGGACUCCAAGUGGACAAAGCUGUAUUUUGGAGAAGGCCAGGCAUGUCUGUCCUUUACCCAUCUGAACAAAGAUGAUGAAGGUUUAUACACCCUGCGCAUGGUUACAAAAGGUGGAGUGAGCGAAUACAGUGCAUACCUGUUUGUCAGAGAUGCUGAUGCAUUGAUCGCGGGAGCACCAGGGGCGCCGAUGGAUGUUAAAUGCCAUGAUGCUAACAGAGACUAUGUUAUUGUUACCUGGAAACCACCAAACACAACCAGUGAGAGUCCAGUCAUUGGCUAUUUUGUCGACAAAUGUGAAGUAGGUUUGGAAAACUGGGUCCAGUGCAAUGAUGCUCCUGUAAAAAUCUGCAAGUAUCCUGUGACUGGUCUUUACGAGGGACGGUCUUACAUAUUCCGUGUGAGAGCAGUGAACAGUGCUGGUAUUAGCAGGCCUUCUCGAGUCUCUGAACCUGUUGCAGCUCUUGACCCUGUUGACCUGGAAAGAACACAAACUAUUCAUGUGGAUGAAGGGCGAAAGAUUACCAUCAGGAAGGAUGACCUUGAAGGCGAUAUUCAGAUUCCAGGCCCUCCCACCAAUGUACAUGCUUCAGAAAUCAGUAAAACAUAUGUUGUACUCAGCUGGGAUCCACCUGUUCCCCGUGGCAGGGAGCCACUGACGUAUUUCAUUGAGAAGUCCAUGGUUGGCAGUGGAAGCUGGCAAAGAGUCAAUGCACAGGUUGCAGUAAAAUCUCCUCGCUAUGCAGUGUUUGACCUUGCAGAAGGAAAAUCAUACGUUUUCCGAGUCUUGUCAGCAAACAAGCAUGGCAUCAGUGAUCCAUCUGAAAUCACAAAACCUAUUCAACCACAAGAUACCAUUGUUGUCCCAUCUGCACCUGGUCGGGUAGUGGCCACAAGGAAUACAAAAACAUCUGUUGUAGUUCAAUGGGAUAAACCAAAACAUGAGGAGGAUUUAUAUGGCUACUACAUUGACUAUUCUGUGGUGGGAUCAAAUCACUGGGAACCCAGUAACCAUAAACCUAUUAAAUAUAACAGGUUUGUUGUUCAUGGUCUGGAAACUGGAGAGCAGUAUGUCUUCCGUGUGAAAGCUGUGAAUGCUGUAGGAUUCAGUGAAAACUCACAGGAGUCAGAGGCUAUAACAGUACAGGCAGCCCUUACUUGUCCAUCAUAUCCUCAUGGUAUCACACUUCUGAACUGUGAUGGUCAUUCAAUGACCCUUGGCUGGAAAGCACCAAAAUACAGUGGAGGUUCACCAAUCCUCGGUUAUUAUAUGGAUAAACGGGAAGCUAACCAUCAAAACUGGCAUGAAGUCAAUUCUUCCCUUAUUACCCGGACGAUUUAUACGGUAGAGGAUUUGACAGAAGAUGCCUUCUAUGAAUUCAAAGUUGCUGCUGCAAAUCUGGUUGGAAUAGGUCAACCUUCAGAUCCUAGUGAACAUUUUAAGUGUAAAGCCUGGACUAUGCCAGAACCCGGUCCUGCCUACGAUCUCACGACUUGUGAAGUUAGAAAUACAUCACUGGUUCUUCUGUGGAAAGCUCCUGUGUAUGAAGGCAAAAGCCCUAUUACUGGGUAUUUAGUGGACUAUAAGGAAGUAGAUACAGAAGAUUGGAUCACUGCUAAUGAGAAACCUACUUCAAAGCGCUAUUUUAAGGUCACUGAUUUACAUGAGGGUCAUACCUAUGUUUUCAAAGUUCGUGCAGUGAAUGAUGCUGGGGUAGGCAAGUCAUCUGAGAUAUCUGAACCAGUGCUUGUCAAGGCACGGCCAGGAACAAAAGAAAUCUUUUCGGGUGUGGAUGACGAGGGUAAUAUUUACCUGGCUUUUGAGUGCAAAGAGGCUACAGAUGCAUCUCAUUUUGCAUGGGGUAAAUCAUAUGAGGAGAUUGAUGAUUCUGAUAAGUUUAAGACUGAAACAGAAGGAAGUCAUUCUAAGCUGUACUUCAAAAAUCCUGAUAAAUCAGACUUGGGAACUUAUUCUGUCUCAGUUAGUGACACAGAUGGGGUUUCAUCCAGCUUCGUUAUGGAUGAUGAAGAGUUGGAACGUUUGAUGGCAUUAAGCAAUGAAAUAAAGAAUCCAACAAUACCUCUGAAAUCAGAAUUAGCUUAUGAGGUUCUUGAGAAAGGAGAAGUUCGUUUCUGGAUUCAGGCUGAAAGCUUAUCGCCAAAUUCUACCUUCAGAUUCGUUAUUAAUGAUAAAGAAGUUGAAAACAGUGAUAGGCAUAAAAUACAUUGUGACCGUUCAAAUGGCAUUAUAGAAAUGGUGAUGGACCGAUUUACAAUUGACAAUGAAGGUACCUACACAGUACAGAUUCAAGAUGGAAAGGCCAAGAACCAGUCUUCAUUAGUUCUCAUUGGAGAUGCAUUCAAGGCAAUAUUGGCUGAGUCUGAGCUCCAGCGAAAGGAAUUUCUCAGGAAGCAAGGUCCUCACUUCUCAGAGUUUUUGUAUUGGGAAGUUACAGAGGAAUGUGAAGUUUUACUUGCUUGUAAGGUUGCGAACACAAAGAAGGAGACUGCUUUCAAGUGGUAUAAGGAUGGUUCUGGGAUUGACGUCGAAGAAGUGCCUGAUCUGCAGAAGGGACAAUGUCACCUCAGUAUUCCCAGGCUGUCUCGCAAAGAUGAAGGAGUUUAUAAGGCAACGCUAUCAGAUGAUAGAGGUCAUGAUGUAUCUACUCUGGAAUUAUCAGGAAAAGUGUAUGAUGAUAUAAUUCUGGCAUUGAGCGGAGUGAGUGGUAAGUCAGCAUCUCCACUGAAGAUCCUUUGCACUGAGGAAGGAAUAAGGCUCCAGUGUUUCUUGAAGUACUACAAUGAAGAAAUGAAAGUCAACUGGUCUCACAGGCAAAGCAAAAUA